GGCUCGAAGAUAAGUUAAACCAAAAAAAAAAAAUAAAAAAAAACCCCAAGAUUAUCUGUGUUUAUAAUUUUAUAAUUUAAAAAAAAAAAAAAAACAAUUAAAACUUAUUAAUUGAAGUGUAUGACAAUAUUUAUAGGUAUUAUAAACUUGAAUAAUUUUUUAUGUUAAUUUUUUUUUUAACUUUAAAUAUACUUUCUAAAUUUAAUAUUUAUUCUUAUAAAUUUUUGGGAUUUUUUUUUUUUCUAAAUGUGUAAUAACUAAGUGAUUUAUAUAUAAUAUUUAUUUUUUUUUUAACGAGUGUCAUUUAAGCUGUUGUUUAAAAAAUUGUUAUAUAUAUUUAUAAAUAAUCUAAAGUUAGUUUUUAAUAAUAAACAAUAAAAAUAAAAAAAGUGAAUAUUUGACAAAUACAAUUUCUAACCUCGAAUAAUAAUAAAAUUGGUGAAAAAAAAAUUAUUAUUGACUGCUGAAUGAUAUAUGCAAAUGGAAAAUUUAAUGUUUACCAUAACGAGGAACAUGUUGUGGCCAGAUUUCAGAGAAUGACCUCCUCCGAACAUUUUCUAUCAUAUGAUAAUUAAAUAAUAGGUAUAAACAGCAUUAUUCAAUAUUUGCUUAAAUAUUUAUUGAGUACACCAGGUUUAAAUUUAAAAUACUACAAUAAUACUUGGGUGGUUGGUGGUGGUGAUAAAUUUUUUUUAACAACCAUGGCGUAUAAUCCACGAGACAUGGAUGGUUUUAUGCCUUUAUUGUCAACAAGUGACAUCAAAACAAAAAUGACAAUUGGCAAUAAUCUAAUAAGUUAUCUUGGUAAUUCAGAUAAUAGUAUUGAAUGUCAAGACAUUGGAUUAUUUAUUGAUAAUGUCAUUCCAUGGCUGAGCAAUGGAAAUGCCAAGAUUGUUCAAAAUGGUCUUGAAAUAUUAACUCAAAUUGCUGAUAGAAUGGGAUCUGAUUUUAGACCUUAUAUAUCAACAAUUAUACAGCCAACAAUUGAUCGAUUAGGUGAUAGUAAAGAUGUGACACGUGAAAAAGCUCGUCUUGUUUUGCUUAAAAUAAUGGAAAGAGGUAGUAUGACACCUCAACAACUUUUAGAUCGACUUCAUCCAGUUUUUAAUCAUAAAAAUACAAAAUUACGAGAAGAAGCACUUAUAUUAUUAACAACAACACUUGAUGAACAUGGAGCAGAUGAAAUGGCACUUUCAGCUGUUAUUCCAAGUUUAGUUAAAGUAUUAUCCGAUCCAAAUGAAAAAGUACGUGAGACAGCUGUUAAUACGCUAGUCAAAAUAUACACACAUGUUGGAGAAAGAUUUAAAGCUGAUCUCCAACGUAAACACAACGUUCCUCAAGCCAAAUUACAACUACUGAUUGAACGAUUCGAACAGGUUAAAGCUGAUGGUGAUCUUCUUCCUUCAGCAAUGUCCAACGAUGUUGGACGAGAAUUCGACGAGCCAGAUCGAGUUCUUGUCGCAAAGUCAGUACCACUAAAGAGAACGAAAAGUGUACUUCAAAAAAAGAGUCAAUUUGGACCGAGUACCAAAGUCAUACCAUCAUCAAUGGGUCCAGCUGGUGCUGUUGAUGAGCUAACAUUUGAGGCGGCAUUCAAUGAUGUUGCAAUAGUAAAUAUAUUUUCUUCACGUGAUUUAGAAGAUCAGAUGAAAAUUAUUCGUGAAACAAUUGGUGAUGAUAAGAAAGAUUGGAACCAAAGAACUGAAAGUUUAAAAAAAUUGAGAGGAAUUAUAAAGACAGUUGGAACGAGUCAUGAAACAUUUAUGGAAUUACUUAAAACAAUUCAAAAUUCAAUGGACGGUGCGUGCACAGAUUUGCGAUCGCAAGUUGUUAAAGAAGCCUGUAUAACCCUCGCCUUUUUGAGUGAUCAAUUUAAAAACAAAUGUGCCAAUUUUAUUGAGGGCUUAUUAGCAUCAUUAAUAAAUCUCUUACAAAAUAGUGCCAAGGUUGUUGCAACAUCUGGAGCAGUUGCUUUGCGUAUAAUUUUUCAGAAUACUCAUAGUCCACGUUUUAUUCCUAUAAUUGCAACGUCAUUAUCAAGCAAAAGUAAAGAUAUACGUCGAGCAGCUUGUGAAUAUCUCAGUUUAAUUUUACAAAAUUGGUCAGUAAAUAUACUACAAAAACAUGUUAAAACACUUCAAGAAGGUAUCGGAAAAAGUAUUGCUGAUUCAGAUUCAGAAGCCAGAGUUUUUGCAAGAAAGGGAUACUGGACUUUUAAAGAGCAUUUUCCCGAGCAAGCAGAGGCUUUAUUAAAUUCAAUGGAUCCAUCAUGCAAACGAACUCUCAUGUCACAAAGUAAUAGUGGUAGUAUGAGUAGUUUGCCGACUUCAAAAAUUCCUGGAAUGCCUCUACGACCACCAGCAGCAAGACCAACAUCAAGUGCUGUUGUACGUGCAUCACCUGGUUUAAGAUCAAAUAGUGCAAUUGAUCUUUGUGCUGCCAGAAGAGCACAUUCAAGAAUGUUGUAUGCAAACAUAAGUCGUUCAAAAGCAACAACACCUCGUACAGCUAAACCACUUGAUACAGUACCUGUUAUGAGUCCUGAAAGAACACCAAGAACAAAAACCAAAGUAUCAGGUGUAUCACAAUCACAACCAAGUAGUAGAUCGUGUUCACCAUCAUCAAGACUCAGUUAUGCAACUUAUAAUCAUCGUGAAGGUGAUGGAUUCACUUCACGAACUCGACGACUAUCAAAUCAAGGUAUGCGAAGUACAGAUAAUAGCCGAGAACCAAGUCCCCAAAGAUUUUCAUUGGAUCGUAGUAUAACUGCCAAAAUAAGAGGAAGAAAUAUGUAUAUGUCACCAAAGCCACCAGUAAUGGCUCAAAGAAUGCUUCAACAAUCACGAGAAGCUGAAUCAGCUUUAGCUGAUGCACUUACUUUUGAUGGUACAGAUCAUCCACCAAGAACUCCAAGAGGAGCUAAAGGUGAUCACAGUGAUGACAGUGAAACCAGUAGUCUUUGCUCUGAAAGAAGUAUUGAUGCUCGACGACCCAGUGACGAUAUUAAAGAUAUAAUUGAGUGUUGUGGACGAAAACACUGGGGCGAUAGAAGAGAGGGUCUAAUUGAUCUUCAUCAUUUUCUUUCCAAUGGAAAUACCUUGACUGCUACGGAAUUGCGAAAAGUAACAGAUAUAUUUACAAAAAUGUUUAUGGAUUCACAAACAAAAGUAUUUAGUUUAUUUAUUGAUACUCUUAAUGAACUUAUUAUUACUCAUAAUGAAGAUUUAGUUGAUUGGCUGUACGUAUUGUGCACAAGAUUACUCAACAAACUUGGUGUUGAUUUACUUGGUUCAAUUCAAACAAAAAUCAACAAAACAUUAGAUAUUGUACGUGAUUAUUUUCAUGGUGAUCAAUUAUUACCAGUUGUAAUGCGUUUUAUAACUGAUCCAACACAAACACCAAAUUCUCGUGUUAAAGUUGCAACAUUAAAUUUUUUGACACACAUUACUGACGGUGCUGAUCCAUCAGCAUUAAAUUCAUCAUGUAAAACAGCACUUGUACGUCUUCUUGAAUGGACAAGUGAUGUUAAAUCACAAGAUGUACGUCGUCAUGCUCAUGAUUCUGUAAUUGCACUUUAUAAUUUAAAUCCACCACAAUUUCCAAUGAUUCUCAAUGAACUUCCAAAAUAUUAUCAAGAUAUUGCUAUGGUACUUUUACAAAAUCAUCUUCGAAAAUCAUCAUCAUCAUCAUCAAAUCCAGGCUCACCAAUUGGUAGUGGUAUUGGUGGUAGUGGUGGUAGUAGUAGUGGUGGUAUGACACCAAGAAGUCAUCAACCACUUUCACGUUUUCCACACAGAUCACAUGAUGAUAAUGAAGAUCAUCUUAAUCCAGAAGAAGUUUAUAAAUCAUUACGUAAAACAACAGCCGAAAUACAAAAUUAUGGAUUUGAAAGAAUGGAAGCAGCAACAUCAUCCAAAGAUUCUGGUAUAAGUAAUAUGGCUGAUAUUGAAGAAAGAAUUGAAAGUAUAACUGUAUGUAAUUCAGGUAGAUCAUCAUCAGUAUCAUCACCAACACAACGUGGAAGAUCUGUUGGUAAUGUUGUUGGUAAUGGAUCAAGUGAUACAAUUGCUGGAGAUUUAAUAUUACCUGAUCGUCGAAAUAAUGGAUUUGAUCCUCAUAGUACUGAUAAUUGUCCAACAGGACCUGAAUUUUUUGAAAGAACACUAACAUUUUUACAAUCAGAUAAUGAUGCUGCAGCAAAAAGUGCAACAUUACAAGAAUUUCAAGUAUAUAUUAAAAAUGGUGAUGGUGCACAAUUCGUUAAAGUACAAUUUAAAAAAUUAUUAAAAACAAUGCUUGAUUUAUUAACAUCAGAUGAUAAAAUAUUAGAAAUUGAAGUAUUAAGAACAAUUAUUGAAAUGUUAAAAUGUAGUGAGCUUGUUGAGUGUUUUCAAAAUUAUGCUGAAUUAUUAGUAUUAAAAGUAUUAAAUGAACAUAAACCAGAUGCAUAUGAUCCAAGUAGUGGUAGUCCAAGACGUGGUCAUGGUACACCUGGACAUUCAACAAAACCACUACAAUUAUUAAAAGCUGCUGAAGAUUGUGCAGCAAUGAUAGCAACAGUUUUACCAGCUGGACAAGUUAUACAUUUAGCAUUAACAACAAUUAGAACUGAACCAUUUCCAAAAAAUGUUGCAGCAAUUAAAAUGAUACAAAAUGUUGUUGAACACUGUGGCAAAGAUUUUCUUCAGCCACAUUUAGAUGACACAAUGGCUACUUUAUUACUUGCAUAUGACAAUAAUGAGAGUGUUGUCCGUAAAGCAGCAGUAUUUUGUAUGGUUGCAAUUCAUGCAGCUAUUGGUAAUGAAGCCUUUGAACCAUAUAAACAACAUUUAUACGGUGGUAAAUUAAAAUUAUUAAAUAUUUACAUACAAAAAGCACAAGAAGCAGGAAGCAGUGUUUCUUCAAGUCCUCGCAGUAAUCACUCUUAAAAAAUAUAAUUAUAACAGUAUAAAUUAGGAACUGUUAAAUAACAGUCAAAAAGAUAUAUAAUAUAUAUAUGCGUUUUUGUUCGCAUAUUAAAGCACAACACAUUCACAAUAAUCAAUUGCUGUUGGUGUUAAAAUUCCAUCAAAUUAUGCGCUAUUAUAAACAAAAACUAAUCAAAAAUAAUAUUGAUAAUUGAUAUUUAAUUUUUUUUUUUUUUUUUUUUAAUAAACAAUAAUUAUAAUAAUGUAUUUAAAAAACAAAACGGAGAAAGCAAUGAAUGCAUACAUGAUUUGAAAAACUAAGAAUAUUAUUAUCAUUAUUAUUAAUAAUUAUUAAUAUAAUAUAAUAUUAUUAUGUAUGAUGGAAAUACGGGAGUGUACAUACAACAUAGUUUUUUAUCAGAGUCAAUGGCGUGCUGCUUCCCGAUAAAUGGCCGUCGGAUUAAUUAAUUAUUUUAUUUUUCUUUUAUUCAUUUUUUUUCCUUUUUUGUAAUAUCUUAUAAACAAAUUGAUAACAAUAAAGAUAUUAUUUACACUUUUUUUUUCUUUUUUUUUUGCUAAUAAUAAUAAUGAUAAUAAUAAUUACAAAAAUAAAAAGUGACUUGAAUAAAAUGAUUCAUAGUGCCAUUGCUGGGAAAGCAAGUCUUUUUGUUUUUUUUUUUCUAAAAAAUAUUUCAGGAGCUGUUUUUUGUGAAAAUUGACUAAUGGGAAUAUUUUUACAUGAACACAUUGGUGUAUUUAUAUUUGUAUUAAUACCGAUUUUAAAAUAAAAGUCAAAAAUAAAAAAAUAAAUAAAUAAAAAAGUAUUCAUUUUUAUCAAUAAGUAAUACUUUAAAAUGAAAAAAAAGUAAAUAAAUUAUUAUUAUCCCAGUCAAUUAUUGGUUUUUAUUAUAUUUUUUUUUUUUUCUUUUUAAUUGAUUCGAGUGAUAAUUGCCUUAUUCCUAUACUGACUACGUAUCACAUCAGUUUAAAAAAAAAAAAAAUAUUUUAUAUGAAAAGAACGCGAGUUGAUUUUGUAAUAUGACGUGUUCUUUUCUUUGUUUUUAUAAGCAAUAGAGGGUGUGUUUUUUUCGAAAAAAGAUAAAUGAAAUUUAACUGUUAAUAAAUUUUUAGAAAUAGAUAAUAAUAAUAAUACGUAAGCGUAAACUGUCUGUAAAUUGCUAUCAAUAUUUCAUUAAUAAUAAUCAAUAUCAAUCAAUUUA